AGCGCUCCGGAUCCCACCCCGGACCCCCUCCCGGCCCCUCCCUGGUGCUGGAGCAGCUCCUGGAGGGAAUUUCGGGGUGCGUGUCCGGGCGGGCCGGUGGCAGCGCCAGGUCACCGCGGUGUUGUCACCUCCCUGCCCAGACCGGAUUUGUCACCGAGGGGUCAGUCCCGGCUCCGAGCCCUCGGCUCCUGCUGCGGAUCCCGGGAUGGAGCCGCUGGCUCCCGCCGCCCUCCUGGCCCUGCUGCUGCUGGCCCUGGGACACCCCGACCCCGCGCUGGACCAGCACUGGCAGCUCUGGAAAAAAUCCUACGGGAAGGAAUAUCACCCCCAGGAGGAGUUUCUCCGUCGCCUGACGUGGGAGAAGAACCUGUGGCUGGUGACCCUGCACAACCUGGAGCACUCCCUGGGGCUGCGCUCCUACACGCUGGGCAUGAACCACCUGGGGGACAUGACCAGCGAGGAGGUGGCUGCCUCGCUGACGGGGCUCCAGCUCCGUCCCCGUCCCCGCCGGAAUUCCGCGCUCCCGGCCCCGCUCCGGCCGCUCGGCGCCGUCCCCGCGGCGCUGGACUGGCGGGACAAGGGCUGCGUGACCGAGGUGAAGAACCAGGGCGCCUGCGGAUCCUGCUGGGCCUUCAGCGCCGUGGGAGCGCUGGAAGCGCAGGUGAAGCUGAAAACCGGGAAUUUGGUGUCGCUGAGCGCCCAGAACCUGGUGGAUUGCUCCGGGAUGUACGGGAACAAGGGCUGUGCCGGGGGGUUCAUGACGGGGGCGUUCCAGUACAUCAUCGACAACGGCGGCAUCGAGUCCGACGAGUCCUAUCCCUACACGGCCCAGAACGGGACGUGCCACUACAACGCCUCCGCCCGCGCCGCCUCCUGCUCCCGGUUCCUGGAGCUGCCCGCGGGCGACGAGGCCGCGCUCAGGGACGCCGUGGCCACCGUGGGCCCCGUGGCCGUGGCCAUCGACGCCACCCGGCCCAGCUUCUUCCUGUACCGCUCCGGGGUGUUUGACGACCCCCAGUGCUCGCAGGAGGUGAACCACGGCGUGCUGGUGGUGGGAUACGGCUCCCUGGAAAACAAGGAAUACUGGCUGGUGAAGAACAGCUGGGGCGUGCACUUCGGAGACGCGGGGUACAUCCGCAUGGCCCGCAACGCCUCCAACCUCUGCGGCAUCGCCAGCUACGCCUCCUACCCGCUCAUCUAGCCAGAGCCGCCUCCCGGAGCUCCGGAUUUCCAGGGAUCCCGUCCCAGCAGGGAGCCCUGCGCCUCCAGGCGUCGUCUGGUGGUUGGGUCCGUGGGCUGGGAGGGGAUCCUGGGUGUGGGAGUGGGAAUGGUGUUGGUGGGAAUGCAGGGAAUGGUUUUACGGCGGGGGGAAAUUGGGGGUUUGGGGGUGAAAUGGUGAUUCCUGCAGGAAUCGGGUGCAGGGAUAACAGGGAUCAGGUACGGGGAUCAUUGGGAUCAAGUAUCAGGAUCACAGGGAUCACUGGGAUAAGGUACAAGGAUCACUGGGAUCAUUGGGAUUGGGUACCAGGACCACAGGGAUCAUUGGGAUCAAGUAUCGGGAUCACAGGGAUCACUGGAAUCAGGUACUGGGAUCACUGGGAUCAUUGGGAUCAUUUGGAUCGGGUAUCAGGAUCACAAGGAUCAUUGGGAUUGGGUGCCAGGAUCAUUGGGAUCAUUUGGGCCAGGUAUCAGGAUCACAGGGAUCGUGGAUUCCUCCCUCCGGAGCUGCUGGAAUUGCAGAUAUUCGUGGAAAAUAAAAGAUUGCAUUUUGCUGCCUCAAAA